UCAUCGAGCAGCUCCCCCUCCCCUUGCUACAAGUCGCACGCACGGAAGUAAACAGCUCUACGUCAUCAGGGCGCGUCCUCGCCUUUCCCCUCCCAUCUCCUCAGAUCGGAGGACGUGCUCGCCUCCACUCGGGGCCAGGUCUAUGUCCCGGUUUCCCGCUGUCGCGGGCAGGGCGCCAAGGCAGCAGGAGGAGGGUGAGCGGUCAAGAGACCUCCAGGAAGAGCGGCCCUCGGCUGUUUGCAUCGCCGAUAGAGAAGAGAAAGGAUGCACGUCCCAGGAGGGAGGAACUACUCCAACUUUUCCUAUUCAGAAACAAAGAAAAAAGAUUAUUCAAGCUGUGAGGGACAAUUCAUUCCUUAUUGUUACCGGAAAUACAGGAAGUGGUAAAACAACUCAACUCCCAAAGUAUCUGUAUGAAGCAGGGUUUUCACAACAUGGUAUGAUUGGUGUAACUCAACCACGCAAAGUAGCUGCCAUAUCAGUUGCUCAGAGAGUAGCUGAAGAAAUGAAAUGCACUUUGGGAUCCAAAGUAGGAUACCAAGUUCGUUUUGAUGAUUGCAGCUCUAAGGAGACAGCAAUCAAAUAUAUGACUGAUGGAUGUUUACUGAAACAUAUUCUGGGAGAUCCAAAUCUUACCAAAUUCAGUGUCAUUAUUUUGGAUGAAGCCCAUGAAAGGACUCUAACUACAGAUAUCUUAUUUGGUUUAUUGAAGAAGCUAUUUCAGGAGAAGUCUCCUAAUAGGAAGGAGCAUUUAAAAGUGGUGGUAAUGUCAGCAACUAUGGAAUUAGCGAAGCUCUCUGCAUUCUUUGGAAAUUGUCCGAUAUUUGAUAUACCUGGAAGGCUUUAUCCAGUCAGAGAGAAAUUCUGCAAUUUGAUUGGCCCACGAGACAGAGAAAAUACUGCAUAUAUUCAAGCGGUAUUAAUUGGCAUUCAUUUAAUUUUUACAUAUACUUUAGAUCAACAGAGGAGAAUAUUUUUGCCGCCUCCACCUGGAAUUAGAAAAUGUGUCAUAUCCACCAAUAUUUCUGCAACAUCUUUGACAAUAGAUGGAAUCAGAUAUGUGGUAGAUGGUGGCUUCGUGAAACAGUUAAAUCACAACCCCAGAUUAGGGUUGGACAUCCUGGAGGUGGUUCCAAUUUCAAAGAGCGAGGCAUUACAGCGAAGUGGCCGAGCUGGCAGGACUUCUUCGGGAAAAUGCUUUCGGAUCUAUAGUAAAGAUUUUUGGAACCAGUGUAUGCCUGACCAUGUGAUCCCUGAAAUUAAGAGAACUAGUUUGACAUCUGUAGUUCUGACCUUAAAGUGCCUUGCCAUACACGAUGUCAUAAGGUUUCCCUAUUUGGAUCCACCUAAUGAGAGACUUAUUUUGGAAGCUCUUAAACAACUUUACCAGUGUGAUGCUAUUGACAGGAGUGGCCAUGUGACCAGAUUGGGUUUGUCUAUGGUGGAGUUUCCUUUGCCUCCACAUCUGACAUGUGCGGUAAUAAAAGCUGCUUCCCUGGAUUGUGAAGAUCUACUACUUCCAAUAGCAGCAAUGUUGUCUGUGGAAAACGUCUUCAUUAGACCUGUUGAUCCAGAGUACCAGAAGGAAGCAGAACAGAGACAUCGAGAAUUGGCAACUAAAGCUGGAGGAUUUAAUGACUUUGCAACUUUAGCUGUCAUCUUUGAACAAUGCAAAUCAAGUGGAGCUCCAGCUUCAUGGUGCCAAAAACACUGGAUUCACUGGAGGUGCUUAUUUUCUGCAUUUCGUGUGGAAGCCCAACUUCGAGAACUAAUCAGGAAGCUUAAACAGCAAAGUGAUUUCCCAAGAGAGACCUUUGAAGGCCCUAAACAUGAGGUACUACGAAGAUGUCUCUGUGCAGGCUAUUUCAAAAAUGUAGCUCGAAGAUCUGUUGGGAGAACGUUUUGCACAAUGGAUGGGCGUGGAAGCCCAGUUCACAUUCAUCCUUCCUCAGCACUUCAUGAACAGGAAACCAAACUUGAAUGGAUCAUUUUUCAUGAGGUAUUGGUUACCACCAAAGUCUACGCAAGAAUUGUAUGCCCAAUCCGUUAUGAAUGGGUAAGAGACUUGUUACCCAAGUUGCAUGAAUUUAAUGCACAUGAUUUGAGCAGUGUGGCCCGACGUGAAGUAAGAGAAGAUGCAAGAAGGAGAUGGACAAAUAAGGAAAAUGUAAAACAGCUAAAGGAUGGAAUAUCAAAAGACGUCCUAAAGAAAAUGCAAAAAAGAAAUGAUGACAAAUCCAUAUCUGAUGCACGGGCUCGUUUCCUUGAGAGAAAGCAGCAGAGGACCCAGGACCACAGUGAUACACGGAAAGAAACAGGCUAAGGAGGUGAACCCUCCAAUUCAGGAAGUAGGAAAAGCAGCCAGGAAAUGUGCUUCUACUUUGCCAGUUAUUUCAGACAGCACUACCAAGAAGAAGUGGUCAGCACUUGUUAUUGGCAUAUGAACUAAAAGCAAAUCAAAGUUCAUAAAUCAAAGCUCAUCAGUUCCCAUAAAUGCAAUUGUCAAAGGAAAGAUUGCAUUGCCAUAGUCAUAAGCAAUGAUACAUGAAACCAAUGAAAGACAGUACAUGUAAUAUUUUCCUCAGUGCAAUUUUGCUGGCCUUAACUGGUAUCAAAUGCUGUCAUUGAGAUGUUUUCAAAGAACAUUGAGUUGUAUUUAAUCAGCGUGUACUCCAUUUGCAUUGAAGCAUUAAAAAUUAUUUUCCUUAAAUCUCUUUAAGGCCUUCUUGUCGCUAUUAGAAUAGUGCUUUAUCAGGUAUGUGACCAUUUCUUUCAGAAGGCUGAACAUAAGAGGUUUCUACUCAGCAAUACUUAAAUGUCUAACUGUUUAAUUGCUACAGAGCUUUAUAGAUAUUUAGAGAAAAGACUUAAUCAAUUAGUAAAUAAAAUUGCCUAUGGCAGGAUUCUUUCUUGAAUUAAUAUUAAUCCUUAAAUUGAUUUUUCUGGGAUUAUACAAAUUCCUUUUUAUAUAAAAGUAUAUUGUUUAAAACAGUAGCUAUAGCCAUUAACCAAAGGACAGAUGAUAUAUAUAUAUAUAUACAUAUAUAUAUAUGAGUUCUUUUUUAGCCAUACCUACGUACUUAUAUCAGCACCAUGUAUGUAGGUGUGAUAGUGCUUUCAAACAGCCCCUCCACCUGGCCUACUCUGUUAUUUCCAGCUGCUUGGGUAGGGCCAUUUAACUUCCAUUAUGCCAUACUUGGGAUGGGAUUUUCAAAGCAGGCAACACUAUUUCAUCGUGUUUCAAAUUGGAACCUUGAGGCUAGUUAGUAUCACACUCAGGCCACACUCAGCACUUGCCCACUCUUGUUUACUGCCUUGUAGUUAUUUGUGUAUUUGUCUCCCUCACUAGAUUAUACGCUCCUUGUGGGCAGGGACUAUGUCUCUUUUCAUCUUUGUAUCUUUUAUGCAUCUGGCAUAGUGCUUUGCACAUAGUAGUCACUCAAUGUUUGUUAAAUAAAGCUAUUAGUGUCAUUAAAAUUCAAAGACAGUAUAUUGUGUGUUUUUAGAUAUUUUGUGUAAAGUUAAGAAUCUAAAUUUUUUAUAGGUAUCUAAACUCUUCUAGUUAUUUCCUUUGGAAUCUAGUUUUAUGUUCAAUAAUAGAAAUUUGAAAUGUUUAUCAAAAAUCACAAGGACCCAAAUUCAUGUAUUUGUCCCUAAAAUAAGGUGAGUGAUAGUUUCUCUGAACCUUUCCAGUGUUUUAAUUUGUUGAUUUUUAUCUGUAGUGCACUAGACACUGUUAUUAACACAUAUUAAUCAUUUA